AUGGCCGGCCCCGAGAAGCCUUUCGCUCCCCGCCCCCAGGCUCCCCCGCCAACGGCCGCGGACGAGCCGGGCUCCGACCCAGGCAAACUCCGCCCGGAGCCCCGGCGCAGCGCGGCCGGCGGGGAGAGCGCGGCGGGCCCGGGCCCGGCCCCCGAGAGGCCUGGCCGCGGCCAGGCCGAGCGCGCCGCGCCCCCGCGCCCGGGCCCCUCCUCCGCAGCCCGCGCCAGCCCCGCGGGGGGCCCCGGCGCCCUCUCCGCGCGCGGCGGCUGCGGUUGGGUCGCGGCCCGCGCUCCCUCGGCGCUCGCCUGGUCCUCCCCGGCCCGCUCCUCCGCUCCAUCUUCCCUCUACUUCUGGCCGCCGCCCCCUCCCGCGCUCCCCCCCUCCUCGUCCGCCUUCCACCUCCCCGUGCGUCUCCCAGGAAGGGAGGGCGCGGCGGCGGCUCGAGGAGGCGGCGGCGGCGAUGCUGGCGGAGGAGCGGGAGGCGGAGGACGAGAGGCGGCUCCCUUGAGCGUCCCCCCCAGCGGGAGUCACCGCGGCGGCGGCGGCGGCGGCGGCGGGCGGCGGCGGCUCUUCCUCUUGCCUGCGCUCCAGGGCUUGCUGCUCCCAGCCCGCGCCGGGCCCCGGCCACCGCCGCCGCCGCCCCGGCUCCCCCUCGGCCCGGCCGCGCGCCGCGCGGGCUCCCCCGGCUUCCCGGGCGCGGGCGGGGGCUGCCCCGGCCCCGGCCCAGGAGGCGGCGGCCGAAGUCCCUGGCGGCCCCGAGGCGCAGGCUUCGCCCUCGCCGCCGCGUCCCCGCUGCUCUUCGGCUCCGACAUGGAAGAUGGACAUUCUGCUAACGCGAGCUGCUUCCGAAGGCUGACCGAGUGCUUCCUGAGCCCCAGUUUGACAGAUGAAAAAGUGAAGGCAUAUCUUUCUCUUCACCCCCAGGUUUUAGAUGAAUUUGUAUCUGAAAGUGUUAGUGCAGAGACUGUAGAAAAAUGGCUGAAGAGGAAAAACAACAAACCAGAAGAUGAAUCGGCUCCUAAGGAAGUCAGCAGGUACCAAGAUACGAAUAUGCAGGGAGUUGUAUAUGAACUAAACAGCUAUAUAGAACAGCGGCUGGAUACAGGAGGAGACAACCAUCUACUCCUCUAUGAAUUGAGUAGCAUCAUUAAAAUAGCCACAAAAGCUGAUGGAUUUGCACUGUAUUUUCUUGGAGAGUGCAAUAAUAGCCUAUGUGUGUUCACACCACCUGGAAUAAAGGAAGGAAAACCUCGACUCAUCCCUGUGGGGCCCAUCACUCAGGGCACCACCAUCUCUGCUUAUGUGGCCAAGUCCAGAAAAACAUUGCUGGUGGAAGACAUCUUUGGGGAUGAACGAUUUCCAAGAGGUACUGGACUGGAAUCAGGGCCUCGCAUCCAGUCUGUUCUUUGCUUACCAAUUGUCACUGCAAUUGGUGAUUUGAUUGGUAUUCUUGAACUGUAUCGGCACUGGGGCAAAGAAGCCUUCUGUCUCAGUCAUCAGGAGGUUGCAACAGCAAAUCUUGCCUGGGCUUCAGUAGCAAUACAUCAGGUGCAGGUAUGCAGAGGCCUUGCCAAACAGACUGAAUUGAAUGACUUUCUACUCGACGUAUCAAAAACAUAUUUUGACAAUAUAGUCGCAAUAGAUUCUCUACUUGAACACAUAAUGAUAUAUGCAAAAAACCUGGUGAAUGCCGAUCGUUGUGCACUUUUCCAGGUGGACCAUAAGAACAAGGAGUUAUAUUCAGAUCUUUUUGAUAUUGGAGAGGAAAAGGAAGGAAAACCUGUCUUCAAGAAGACCAAAGAGAUAAGAUUCUCAAUUGAGAAAGGAAUUGCUGGUCAAGUAGCAAGAACAGGGGAAGUCCUGAACAUUCCAGAUGCUUAUGCUGAUCCACGCUUUAACAGAGAAGUAGACUUGUACACAGGCUAUACCACCCGAAAUAUCUUGUGCAUGCCCAUCGUGAGCCGAGGCAGCGUGAUAGGCGUGGUGCAGAUGGUGAACAAAAUAAGUGGCAGUGCCUUCUCGAAAACAGACGAAAACAACUUCAAAAUGUUUGCUGUCUUUUGUGCUUUAGCCUUACACUGUGCUAACAUGUAUCAUAGAAUUCGUCACUCAGAGUGCAUUUACCGAGUAACUAUGGAAAAGCUGUCCUAUCACAGCAUUUGUACUGCAGAAGAGUGGCAAGGCCUCAUGCGUUUCACUCUCCCUGUUCGUCUCUGCAAAGAAAUUGAAUUAUUCCACUUCGACAUUGGUCCUUUUGAAAACAUGUGGCCUGGGAUUUUUGUCCAUAUGGUUCAUCAGUCCUGUGGGACAUCCUGCUUUGAGCUUGAAAAGUUGUGUCGUUUUAUUAUGUCUGUGAAGAAGAACUAUCGGCGGGUUCCUUAUCACAACUGGAAGCAUGCGGUCACCGUGGCACACUGCAUGUAUGCCAUACUGCAGAACAAUCAUAUGCUUUUCACAGACCUGGAGCGCAAAGGGCUGCUGAUCGCGUGUCUGUGUCAUGACCUGGACCACAGGGGCUUCAGUAACAGCUAUCUGCAGAAAUUUGACCACCCCCUAGCAGCUCUCUAUUCCACGUCCACCAUGGAGCAGCACCACUUCUCCCAGACCGUGUCCAUCCUGCAGUUGGAAGGGCACAAUAUCUUCUCCACCCUGAGCUCCAGUGAAUAUGAACAGGUGCUUGAGAUCAUCCGCAAAGCCAUCAUUGCUACAGAUCUUGCUUUAUACUUUGGAAACAGGAAACAGUUGGAAGAGAUGUACCAGACUGGAUCGCUAAACCUUAAUAAUCAAUCACAUAGAGACCGUGUAAUUGGUUUGAUGAUGACUGCCUGUGAUCUUUGUUCUGUGACAAAACUGUGGCCAGUUACAAAAUUGACAGCAAAUGAUAUAUAUGCAGAAUUCUGGGCAGAGGGUGAUGAAAUGAAGAAAUUGGGAAUACAGCCUAUUCCUAUGAUGGACAGAGACAAGAAGAAUGAAGUCCCACAAGGCCAGCUCGGAUUCUAUAAUGCGGUAGCCAUUCCCUGCUAUACCACCCUUACCCAGAUCCUCCCUCCCACCAAGCCUCUCCUUAAAGCAUGCAGGGAUAAUCUUAGUCAGUGGGAGAAGGUGAUUCGCGGGGAGGAGAGUGCGGUCUGGAUCUCGUCCCCAUCUGCGGCCCAAGGGACCUCUGAGAAGCUGCCUGUUAAGAUCGAUCAUUGA